AUGACCCCUUUCACUCUACGUCUGUUCACACUUUUUGUUUUAGCCACUGAGAUAUCAUGUUCACCAAUGGAAAAUGUCUCACAAUUCAAUUUAAUGGACUCACACGCAGAAGCCAUGCAAGCUCCAGAAAUACCCAUAAUUCAGCAUUGUGGAAAUCAAGCCUUCAGAGUGACAGAUAAUCAAGGAUAUCAAUUUUUGCCAUUGGAUUCCCUUUCUGAUCAAAGUGGAAGUCAUCAAGAAACCAUUUCAUCUAGAACAAUCCUUCCAUUUGACUUGAAUUUUCCCCCUGAUCCUAUCACCAAGACUGCUUUCAAGCCAUCUACCCAAGAACAUGUGGGGCUUAAAUCCUUCACAGAUGAUGAUGGUUCACCUCAGCUUUCAAGGGAACUUGAUUUGAAUUCACCCCCUGAUUCUACUAUUCAGCCAUCUGUAGUCAUGUCAACCAUUGAAGGAGAUGCAAGGGUGGAAUCCUCCAUGGAUGAAGAUGGGUCACAGAGGCUUCAAGGGGGAUUCAAAAAUGAUAGAUAUUCACAUGCUCAAUCAGAUCCUCACACCAGAAUUCCUUUGGAAGGAGACACUCAGAAAAGGGAACAAUCAGCUAUGAAUGAAGGGUAUGUACCAGAUGAUAUGGAGUUGGAUGGCAGUAGUGAAUCCUUUGAUAUGAUUGAGGAUAUUCCAUCUCCCAGAGUUGGAAAAAGUCUUUCAGCUUUUAAGCAGAAAAAAAUCCAAAAAUCCAAAUCCAAGGACAAACUUCACAGAUCUCAAGAGUAUGUGUUUGUAAAUAGUGGAAGAGUUGCAAAAAUCUCUAAUGAUAGAGUCAAUAUGAUUGAGCAAAGAUUGUAUGUAAUGCCAGGAACCAAGUAUUUGGCACGAAGUACAAGGAACAUUGGCAUAGAGGCAGCAGUUCAGGAAAAACUUUACUUUGGAAAGCAUGGGGAUAAUUCAUGGUUUCAAUUGCUAUACAAAGACAUGGAGGUCAAUAAUAGAGAAUUGAAUCCAAACUUAGACAAUCAUUUGGCAAAAAAGGCACAGAAUGCAGUUCACAGGGUGUACCAUGAAGUUACAACAACAUUCUUUGGUGUGCUUGUGUUGCUUUACCCACAUUCAAAGGAUGGAAAGCACACCUCAAUCAGGAGUGGUUGGGAAUUUAUCACUAAUCUUCUUGAACCAUGGAGGACCAUUGACUGGCAAGAUUCUUAUAGAGCACUUUCAAUUAUAUCAGAUGCUUUUGAUAUCAAUGAUAGCUCUUUGCUUCUGAGUUAUACAAUGAACUUGGGAAGGUACACAACUGUAUCACUGAAACUUAUGUGGAAGAUGACAGAAAAAUGGAAAUCACAGUUUUCUUACCAUUCAAGUGAACAAAUUGGGAGUCUUUCUGAUUUUUGCAAGAAGCUGCAUACUGCACUAAAGAAGAAGGGUGCUUUCCCUAACUCAGAGAUUGCCUUAUUAGAUCCAUCAUCUAGCUUGGAAAGGAGUAUUCCAAGUCCCAGUGUUCAGGCAGUUGAAGCAACAACUCAUCCAAAGAAGAAUUUGACUCAUAGCCAGAUUAUUACUGCUUGUGUUGACAAACUUAAAAAUGUUGGACAACAUGCUCUGAAACAUCUUAAGAAAUUUUCACUUCACAUUGUUGAACAGAUAUUUGAGAGGAUCAGAACAAAUGUACAGAGUAAUCAAUUGGACUGGCCAAUGGAUUUUGAAAUGGGGUUUGAAGUAACACUGAAUAGGGCAAAGAGAACAAUGACUUAUGGUUUCAUUGGAGUUCUUCAAUCACUUCAUCCUUCACAGGAAUUGGCAGAUGGUACCAGUCCUGUAGUUGUAGAUGGUCUGAAGUUCCUGGUUGACUUCAUGAAAAAUUGGGAUUCAUCAGAUUUGUUGAAAGCCUUAAGCACAAAAAAGCCAAAUCUGGAGGCUGUUGCUGAGACUCAUGAUCCAAGUAUCUUACUUAGUUACCUUAUCAGAUUAACAGGCAAAAACUAUACAUAUAUUUCAAAUUCUGUAUAUUGGGGACUUUACAAAAGCUGGGAAGCUUGGACAGAAUUGAGUUUGGAAAACAAAAAAACAUUUGAUGAUAGUGGGAGUUUUUGGAUUGCCAUACAAGAGAGACUGCUUUGA